CUGAGGGAAACGGGCGGUGAGAGAGGGCUAGGUAGGGCUGCUGUGACUUUGGGAGAAGGGGGAGGAACGCAAGUGGAGGAGAAGGGCUUGGGGCUGGAAGAGCUUCCCCGUCCCCCGUCGGUUUACGUUCUUGACCGUUUGUCGGGAUUUUUGAUAACAAAUGGAGAAAAAGGUUGCGAGCCAAAGAGGACAUGCUGGAAAGAUGCCAACCUUGGAUGGUCCAAAACGUGUUGUAGAAGCAAAGCACAAUUCUCAGAAUCAACCACCUACAGGGAGUUUGUCAACACAGGUGGUAUCUGCUCCUAACUCAGGCCAGCAAAGUGUACCACUUCAAACACGGGUUCUGUCUGCCAAUUCUGUUCCAAUCAAGCGUCCAGUGUUAACAAAUCAAGUGAAACAGGCAGUGCAAGUGCCUUCCCAACUGAAACAGAUUUGCCAGAAAGAUGGUCAACAAACUUGUGAACCUCCUAAAAAUCAAACUAAUAUACAACCUGGUGAGGUGUCGAGUGAUGGAAAGACUACUGAGAGUGUAUCAACGGAUUGUCAUAGUACAAGUGAAAAGAAAAAGAAAAAGCAAUGGUGUUUGGAUGACUUUGAAAUUGGGCGUCCACUUGGGAAAGGUAAAUUUGGAAAUGUGUACUUGGCCCGUGAACGACAGUCCAGAUUUAUCCUGGCAUUGAAAGUGCUUUUUAAAUCUCAACUUGAGAAGGCUGGUGUGGAACACCAACUCAGAAGAGAAGUUGAAAUCCAAUCACAUCUCCGACAUCCUAACAUUUUACGGCUAUUUGGUUACUUUCAUGAUGCUUCUCGAGUUUAUUUGAUCUUGGAGUAUGCUCCCCGUGGUGAACUUUAUAAAGAGCUGCAGCGAUGUGGAAAGUUUGACGAUGGACGAAGUGCUACGUAUAUAUCAGAGCUGGCUGAUGCACUUGUAUACUGUCAUUCAAAGAAGGUGAUUCAUAGAGAUAUUAAGCCAGAGAAUUUACUACUAGGAGCAAAUGGAGAGCUGAAGAUUGCAGAUUUUGGAUGGUCUGUGCAUGCUCCAGCAUCCAGAAGAGCAACAUUAUGUGGUACCCUGGAUUAUUUACCACCAGAGAUGAUUGAGGGGAAAAUGCACGAUGAAAAGGUUGACCUUUGGAGUCUAGGUGUUCUUUGUUAUGAAUUCUUGGUAGGCCACCCUCCAUUUGAAGCAGCAGAUCGUCAAGAAACCUUUCGGAGAAUUUCUAAAGUUGACCUUAAAUUUCCAUCCUUUAUAAUGGAGGGUGCAAAAGAUCUGAUCAGUAGGCUGCUGAAGCAUAACCCAAACCAACGGCUACCUUUGAAAGAUGUGCUUGAACAUUUUUGGGUGGUUAAGCACUCCAUUAAAUCGGCCUCACAAAAAAAGGAACCUGUGACACCAUCUGAUCCCAAUCUGUAAACCAGGAAUGUAAAGGACAUGUAUAGAUUGAGACUUGGCGGUGCAAUAACCAUUUUGAGUGCCUGCGGCCACCAUAUUGUCUGACUGGAGUGCUGGAAUCUUUCUUCCUGUCAGCAGAUGACUCUCUCUAAUAGAGAAUUGGUGAAUUUCUUAAUUUACCUCUUUGUACGUGUUUAGAAUUCACAAUUUGUUUUCACUGGUGAGUGUAUACUACAAUGUUUUCACUAAUGAAUGGGAUGAAAUGAACCAACAAACCCUAGUUGUGAAUUUGAAUUUUGCAACUGCCAGCACAUGGUCGCUUUACAUAAGGAAUUAGACGCACUUCAGGUUUGUGCUAAUAACUCAGUUGAAUUUAAAAAUAUUAAUUCUAAUGUAAUGGGAUCUAACUUUGAAAGACCAAAAAGGCAUUUGUGUAGCUGUUGCUUGCACUGCUUCAGACAAUAACAAUUUACUCCUUUGCACCUAGUCAAAAUUGUGUGGUCUGUUUCUUGGACUGUGUAAAUUGUAUGAGUUAAUUACACUCCAGGUUGUAUAAAUACAAUUAUUAAUGUUUAAUAACUUGUCCAAUGUCUUGUUCUGUCAAUGUACUUGUGGUAUCAAGGGAGGUGAUCUUUAAACUGCAGUUGUAAAAUACUUAUUACUUUGUGCCAAAACGUCCAUGAGUCGAUCAGAGUUGAAAAUGGUAAGAUUUGAUAUGCAGGAAUUUUGAUUUGCAUGCAGUUUAUGGAUCACCUAUUUUCAAUUUUCCUAUUGAAUUUCUUGAUCUAGUUGAAAGUAUCUCUUUAAAGCUAUGAUUACAGUAUCUAUGAAGUUGAUCUUGUCAUAUGUUAAUAAACAAUCUAGCUUUUAAAAUCAAA